AUGGACGAGCAAGGCGGCUCGUUUAAGGAGAGGACGGCUCGGGUCGAGUCAAAGUCAGCCAAAGAGUGGCUAGAAGGAAGAUGCAGCAGGGCCAACGAAGCAGAGGGAGGGAGGGCAGAGCUGGAGGAGGGCGCGAACGAGAUACAUGUAUACCCCGACUCCGGAGCACGUCAGGACACCCUCCCCAGGCAGCCCACCCACGACCACCCCCAGCCAAGGGCUGGGCGCACGCAGCCCAACAUCGGCCGACGGCCAGUCUCGGGAGGGCUGCCCCCGCGCACGCAGCACUUCUGCUCGUCUGCUUCCACGGCCACGUCUCCUGUGCGCAAACGACUCCAACAAAUCGACUGGACGCUCUUGGUGGAGGCGCAGGAAAUUGCGAAGCCAAGGCCGAGAAGGCGUGUGGGCGGACUCGAUGGUGGAGGGGCAAAGGAACUGGUGACGCUCGGGUGA